AUGGGACGACACGAUCAACUGCUUCAAUACGUCGUCGUCUCGCUCGUCGCCCUGGCGGCCGUCCUCGGCCGGGACCUCCGCCCCUCCGACCACGGCCUGGCCUACCAGGAAGCCUCGCCGUUGCCGCCGCCGGAAGACGGCGACGAGCGGGAAAUGCGGUCGUUCUUCGGCGGGACGGCGUCUCCGUCCGUCGAGCUGCCGGAGGCGAAGAACAUCAGCGACACGUGGUGGAGCGAACGCGGCGGAUCCGGUGCCGGCGCAGCGCGGGACGCCGGGAGGGACCGCGUGCGGCUGGGCCUGGUCGUGGCGAGUGGGGUCUGCGGGCUGACCGGCGUUUUGCUGAUGGUGGUCUCCGGCGUGGUUUUCAUGUCCCGGCUCCACAAGAAGAAGGUGAAGGCGGCCGGAGAACUGUCCACGUCAGCAGCGGGGAAUAGUGGUUAG